UGUAGACACACUGGGGGUAUUGUGUAAACCGUCAGCCAUCUGCCGCAGUCAGUUAACGCUAGCUCCAGCGGGAAUGGAAAAUGGAGGAUUGACCGAAGAGCGAGGGCAUAUCAUCGGUAUUUCUAGCGCGUAGAUCCCUUUAUCCAUGUACCAGGAUCGAUGAUUACUGCUGCGAAGCCUUUGUUUAGUUUGAAGAAGCAUUCUGUUACGCAUCACUGCUGAACUGCAGUUUGAAAGUAGUGAUUGACUCCAUCAUCUAUGGAGGAGAAUGUGAGCCCUGAGCUCUCUCUAGCUCCUGAGCCAGAGCAGAGCCAGGACCGUAUGGAUAGCUGCUCUCAAGGUUUUGGAGAAGGGGAUAGUGAGCAUAUAGAACAGUUUCAAACUGAAAGCGAGAAUGUGGCCAAAGAGACAUUAGAGGAGCCAGAUAAAUCUUCAAGGGCUGGCAGCGAAGUAAAGAAGACUUGGGCUUUCCGACGGUCCACUGUUGCAAAGAGAGAGAUGCCAGUGGAGGCAGCAACCAACAGCCCUGAAAACCGCUGUCCUGUACGUCGCAGUGGCAGGCAGUCUAAGCGUACUGACAAACUAGAGGAAUUCCUCUUGACUGCCAAAAGGGGGUCAAGAAGGAGCGCCCCUCCCAGUCUAGAAAGUGGAGAUCCUCCUUCCCAAACACCUACUGAUGCAGAGACUGCCUCAGAGGCCAGCUUUGACGGUAACGCUGACACCAGGGCUGUAGAGGACAAGGUAGAGUCCCCAGAGAGGCUGACGAGAAGUGGCGCAAAGAAACAGACCCAACGGAAAACCAGAGGUGGCAGACAGGCCCAACGAGGCGGCAGAGUGACGGUCAAAGAUGAGGGAAGCUCUGAGAACGAAGAGGACAGCAGAGAUGCUGCCAUUAAGGACCAGUUACCAGAAAAAAAAGACGAAACAAGUUGUCCCAGUCCUGAAGAUGUAGGGAGCACUAAUACAGUACAGCCUCAGCCAGAGCAGGACUCUGAAAACAUGGGUGUUGAGGAGAAGAACGAACAUGGAGAUAAAAAUGACAGCAUGGAAACGGAGAAGGAGACCGACAAAGAGACUGAUGAAGACGGCGCAGACAAGCCUGCAGCAAUGCUGGUAAAACGAGGUCCAAUAAGAACUUACAUAAAUAAAAAGAAGGUAGUCAAUAAAAACACUACGUCCGUUAAAGCUUCUGCUCCUGCCACCACUGCUGUCAAGAGUGACACCAAGCCCAAAGCAACCCCAGCUUCUGAAAAGACACGCAAGGCCCAGACACAAAACGACAAUGACGAUGAGAAUCGUGAUGAGGACGACGACGAAGACGAUGAUGACGACGACGACGACGAUGAGAAUGACUCUUCGACGUCUUCGUCUUCAUCUUCCGUUGAUUCUGACGAUGGAGGUUACGACCCCAAUGCACUUUACUGCAUCUGUCGCCAGAAACACAACAAACGGUUCAUGAUCUGCUGUGACCGCUGCGAGGAGUGGUUCCACGGAGACUGCGUGGGCAUCACAGAGGCCCGCGGGCGCCUGAUGGAGAGAAAUGGGGAAGACUACAUCUGCCCAAAUUGCACCGCUAAGAAAAACCAGGUGGUUAGACCCGCCACAUCCAUCCUCUCUACCAGCGCAGAUAUCGGAAAGCUCAAAGUUGACGUUGCUCCUUCAACUUCUGGUCUCGCUGCCCUUACCUCUUCUGCAACUGCUGAGAAAACCAGCGGAGCAGACGCCAGUCAGUCAGCUGUUCAGGCUGGGACAGCACCUCCGUCCUCUACAUCUGCUGGAACUGAAGAGAAGGUAGCAGAGGACCAGGGCAUCAAAGGCAGGAUAGAGAAAGCUACUAAUCCAACUGGGAAAAAGAAGAUAAAGAUCUUUCAGCCGCAGACUUUACAGCAGCCAGCUGAACCAAAAGCAGACCACAAAUCUGCACUGACCGGGGAAAAGAAGGCGGCCCCCACAGCACAGCAGAAAGCACUCCCAGACACAGAGCAGAAAGUGGCGUCAAACGUGGAGGUGAAAACGUCAGCGGACGUGCCAGAGGAGGCCGGGAAGAAGGCUGUGGAGGAGUCUUCCCUUCCUAAGUGUAUCGGUCCUGGCUGUGAGAAUAACGCCCAGCCAGACUCUGUGUACUGUGGCAACGACUGUAUCCUGAGGCACGCCGCUGCGACCAUGAAGUCCAUCACUGACGUCAAAGAGCCCAAGCAGAAGGAGAAGGCGAGGGCCCAGAAAACCAAGUCUACACCAAAGAAGAGCGGCGCUGGUUGGAAGAAGACGCAGAAGAAGACCCGGGAGGAGUCAGACAGCGAGGAAGACUACAGCCCCGAUCUAGAUGAGGAUGACGAAGAUGAGCAUGCUGAGGAACACCCACCCCCGCCAGCCACUGCAUCCUGGUCCAGCGACCAUAAUUACAUUGCAGUAACACCAGAAAAGACUACACCCAUAUCACCAACAGUGUUAAACAAAAAGUCCCCCCCAAAAGAAGAGAAGCAGAGCGAAAAGGAGCAGAAAGAGAAGGAACCAGUCCCGGCACCUGAGAAACCUUCGUCAGCAACACCAGUCAAAGGAAACAAGAAGGCCCCGGUCACUAAAGCAGCCAAGGUUUCCCCAAAAGGCAAGAAGCCUUCUCUUCAGACUACCAACUCAAAGGCGUCCAAAAAACCUGCCACACCCCUGAGUAAAACCGCAGCAAAGUCCAAGAAACCAGGCCGGUCACCCGUCCAUACCCCGUCUCCCUUCCCUCCAGGUCCGAUCCACGUCACGGGAGCGCUGAGAGUCACAAAGUCCAACUUUACCAUUCCUAAGAAGCAGCCACAACAAAAGGAUGCUCCAUCCCACAGUCAGUCCUCCUCAUCCUCCAGAGUUCCAUCGUCUCCAGUUUCUUCAGCUCCCUCCAGCCACUCCUCUUCCUCCAGACCCCCACAUCCAGCUGCUUCAGCGCCCCCUGUGUCCCCCAUGCCACCUCCACCCAACAAUCAGAUGAGACAGAACAUCCGUCGCUCGCUGACAGACAUCCUCUAUAAGAGGGUGAGCGACAGUGAUGACCUGAAAAUGACUGAGAGUGAGGUGGGAAGGCUGGCAGUUGCCAUUGAAAAGGAAAUGUUUAACCUCUGCCUUAGCACUGACAGCAAGUACAAGAACAAAUACAGGUCCCUCAUGUUCAACCUGAAAGACCCUAAAAACAAAGGCUUGUUCUACAGGGUGGUGGGCGGUGAGGUUAGUCCCUUCAGACUGGUGAGACUAAGUGCUGAAGAGUUGCUUUCCAAAGAGAUAUCUGAGUGGAGGAAGCCCGAUGCUCCUGAGGCCCAGUCUCCCAGUUCAAGGACCCAUUCGGGGCAGUCCAAACUGGGCAACAGGCAUGACUCUGGCUCACAUAGCUUUGAUAUGGAGGAUGCUCCACCAACAUCUGAUGCAGAUGUAUGUAUCUCUACCACCACUUCAUCUACUCGCAUGGCCUCUGCUGCAGACCAAGAUGAGUCUAGCUCCGCCCCUUCAGCUUCGGCUCAGCCCUCUGCCGAGGGGAACAGUGGCGGCAGCAUGCCAGACAUUUUCAGUACCAUGCUCAAAGACACCACCUCUGAACACAGGACUCACCUCUUUGACCUCAACUGUAAAAUAUGCACAGGUCAGAAGAUGGAAGAUGAGCCUGUAGCUAAGAAAGCCAAACUGGCCAAGAAGCCAGAAACUAAGCUGCCCAGACAAGAGCUGCAUUCUUCUAGGUCAGGGGAUGUCUCUCCCGCCGGCCAGCCACUGGUCCCCACUGCUUACCAGCACCAAGACCCCAUAGCCUACCAACAUGCAAUCCCUCCAUCCUACCAGUCUAACAUGGAGCCAGCUGUCCCAGAAUCACAGCCACAGCUUUAUCAAGAGGACCUCAAUAUGCUGGCAGCUCCGGCCCCCGCACCCGUCACACCCACCGUGUCCUCUGUGAGCAUCACCCGCAGAGACCCACGCAUGGCCAGACACAGCUCCGGUGUGACUGUCACCUACACCGCCCCAGAAAAACCCAUCAACAACUCAGCAGAAACAGUCCAAGCUCCUGUUAGUGCUCCAGUGGAGGUCGGACCCAAGGCGCCGCUGCCGAUGCCACCAGCUCCACCACCUUCAGUAGCUGUGUCCAAAACAACGAAAACAAGUACCUCUGAGCCCCCUCUUGAGGGUGAGACAGCAAUCUUCCUCCACGGCCAAGAGAAGAUUUGGAAAGGGAUUAUCAACAUGCAGUCGGUGGCUAAGUUUGUGACCAAGGCUUAUCUGGUGUCAGGAUCCUUUGAACACCUGAAGGAGGAUUUGCCAGACACCAUUCAUGUUGGAGGACGCAUAUCUCCAAACACAGUGUGGGACUAUGUUGGGAAACUGAAAACCUCACUCUCCAAGGAACUGUGUCUGAUCCGUUUCCACCCAGCCACAGAGGAAGAGGAGGUGGCAUAUGUCUCUCUUUUCUCUUACUUUAGCAGCAGGAAAAGAUUUGGUGUGGUGGCUAACAACAACCGUCGCAUUAAAGACCUCUAUCUCAUCCCACUGGGCUCAAAGGAUCCAUUACCCUCCAAACUCUUACCGUUUGAUGGGCCAGGGCUUGAACCAGCUCGUCCAAACCUCCUCUUGGGCCUCCUGAUCUGCCAGAAGGACAGAAAGCGAGCUGGUGCACCACUGGAAACUGAAGAAAAACGAUCCAAGACUCAGACCAAAGAUGCAGAUGACAGUGGUCUUCCAAAGCAGUCUCCUUCAUUUAGAGCAGAAAGAAGCUCACGACAGAGUCUUGAAAUCCCCUUCAGCACAACUCCUCCAGGGUCACCUCCACUCAGCUCCUCUGAGACCUCAAGCAGCACUGUGACCACCUCCUCAGUCCUUUCUUUCUUAUCUUCUGUCAAAGCUCCAGCCACAUCCACUACCACUGGCAAGGACUCCCCAUCUUCUUCCAGCUCUGUUGCUUCCUCUGCAGCAACUGCCACUCCUCUUCAGACCAUCCUUAAUACUCUUUUUGGGAAGAAAAAGGACUCAGAGGCUUCCAACUCUCCGUCUGAUCAGGGUGGGGAACUCUCCGUCCCGGCUGCUACAAUGCUAGACCCCAUUGUCCGGCAGUUUGCACAGAGUUCUAAAGAAAAACAGGUGGAGGAGGAUGAAGAUGACCGACCGUACGAUCCGGAAGAAGAGUAUGACCCCAGUAGGGGCUACAAUGUGCCUAAGAAGCCUGUUAAAGUAGUAAGCAAGCCAGAAACCUCUAAGCAACCUGAGGUGGUUGCGAAUGAAGGUGAUGAUGUGGCGUAUGACCCAGAGGAUGACUCCAUUUUUGAGGACGUCAGAACUUCAGCACCAGGUCAAGCUAAGGCUGUUAUAGAGUCUAUAGCAGAUCCACAAAAGAUCUUGGAGAGCCUUAAACAGAUUGGGGAUAAGACAUUCCAGAAACAGGGAGAGCAGCAAAUCUCAUCCACAGUUACACCUGGUGCCUCAUUGACACUUCCAGACACACUCUUAACUCAACCUACCAAAUCCCUUUUGGCCAAUAAUCAACUACUGCAGCUUGGCAAAAAGGUUGAGGAACUAGUGAAGUCUUCAUCGGUUGCUCCCUUGAUCAACCAGAGGAGAGAUCCCCGACAGAGCAGGGAUCCUCGCCAGGCUACAGCUGGCAGGAAAUCAACUGAUGAACCCGAGGAGAAAGAGGAGAUAUCUGCUCUGUUGCCAGAUUCCACUCCUUCACAACCUGCGGUUCAAGAGCCUCAGCUGUCUAAUGUUGCGGAGCUCCCAGACUCCUCACAAGGCCCAGAGACAUCAGUGCCUCAAGAGGAAGUAAAAAGCGAGAUGCUACCCUUCAUGGAGCCAGACAAGGUGGAGGUGUCAAUUCCAUUGUUAGGAGAGGAAAUGGAACCUGAUAUGGAGGUGAACUACAUGGAUGAGGAUGAAGUGAAAACUGAGGAAGCUGAGCCAAUCAAGGCGGAAACAGAGAUGGACAAGUACAGUAUUUGGCCAAAUGCUGCCAGUAUUUUAAAAGUGGGCGAGGACUCAGAGUAUGAGGAGAAUAGUCAAGAUACACCAACCCAAAGUUAUUAUAAUGAGCCUGCAAACACCUCCACAAUUACCUCUACAAUCCCAGUACUCACUCAGAGCACAGCAAUGGUUGACACUCAGUCCCAUCACAUGCCGCAUCUCAUGUCAGCUUCAGGCUUCAACAACGAGUACAGACCUCCAGCUGACAUCCCCCCACCAUCCAACUUCCCCCCGCCCCAUCCGAUGCAGGGACAAAACAUGUUACUGAGGCCACCGCCGAUGUCUAUGCCACCACCCAUGCAAGGUCUUCCUCCAAUGUCAGGCCCCCCUCCAAUGCAGGGACCUCCUCCACCCAUGCAUGUUCCUCCCCCUGUACGUGGUCCUCCCCCCAUGCAGGCUGACAGCAGCCAGCAAUAUGGCCCACCGCCGGCUGCAUACCCUCCCUAUCAGAACCAGUGGCCAGGCACCCAGCCACCCCCACAGCAGCAGCCUCCUCCUGGACAACUUCCUCAGAAUAUUCUGCCACCUAGAGGACCACCACCACCAUUCCCUCCAAUGGCCCAGAGAGGCCCUGCUCCUCAAAUGUUUGAUCCCUCCAUUCCCCCUCAGCAUAUUGGACAGCAAGGUCCCCCUCCAGGCCUUCCCCCACCUCCUGCUUUUGAUGGACAGAACAGUUUACCUCCACCAAGAUUCACUGGUCCUCCACCACCAUUUAAUUUCCCUGCAAACAGAGGUCCUCCUCCACCGUUCUCGGGGCCGCCUCUCGCUCACUUUGAUAACAGACUCCCUCCUCCGUCCCACUUCCCAGGGCCAAGGGGUCCCCCGCCAUCUCAGUAUGGUGACCAUGGGGCGCAACCACCGAUGGUAGACCAACCUCGAGGCCCUGCAGAACAGUAUAACAAAGACAAUUCUAACUCUUUUAAGCUAAAUUUGGACCAGAAUCCAAACUCUCUGCGUGUUUUUAAAGACAAUCAGGGUCCCCUGCCAGGUCCAGCAUACCGGGGACCUCCACCUAACCAGUACGAGGACAGAAGAGGCCCACCUUCCAGUGGCGAAACGAGUGGACAGCACUUCAGUCCACAUAAUCAGUAUGGGAGCUCCAGACCACACUCCUCGCCACCGCAUCGAGGAUCAUUUGAUGAGCACAGAGGUCCUCCCCCUCAUGAGAAUAGACCCCACCCGUCUCAGCGUUUUGGAGGAUCAGAGCGGUACCGCUUGGAUAGGCACUCUGAUGAGGCCAGACCUGUUCGCCACAGUGGGCCACUAUUGCCGACUCCCCCAGAGGCUCCCUUAGGUCCCCCAGGUCGCAUGGGAGCCCACAGUCCAGACCUGCACAGGGACGACCACUGGCACCGCCACUCUCCUGAAAUGAGGAGGCGGACCAGCACCGCCCGAGAUGACUCAGAACCCAGCAGCGGAGACCGCUUCAGUCGCUUUGAAGGAGGACACAGAGAACCUGCCACUGUUCCCUCACAACCCUCCGAAGAGAGACCAAGGGGUCUGUCCGAGGACCGCCGAAGGGAAAGAGAGCGGGAUGUCCCCCACACUGCCAGGCUGUCAUGGGACAGGGGCCAGGGCAAGCGGUGGAGCAGAGAGCGAGAGUGGGAUAGAGGUAGAGAAAGGGACCGUGAUCAGGAGCGUACCCGAGAAAGAGAGCGCAGCAGAGGGAGGGAGGGUGAGAGGCACAGGGAGACGGAGGGAGAGCGACACAGGGAUCAAGACACGGACAAGAGGAGAGACCGGGAGAGAGACAGGGAAAGAGAGAGACCCAGGGAUUCUGACAGGAGAGACCACGACCGCGACAGGGGGAGAAACCGUGACCGGGACCGGGAACGUGAGCGAGAACGCGACCGUGAGCGAGAGCGAGAGCGAGACAGAAGACGGGACAGAUCCCGAAGCAGGGAGCGUGACCGUGACCGGGACAGGGACCGUGGGAAAGACCGGGGCAGGGACAGAGAUAGAGACAGGGAGAGAGAGAGAGAAAGAGACAGGGACAAAGACAAAGACAAAGACAGGGAUCGUCGAGACAGGAGCAGAAGCAGAGAAAAGCGAGAGGAGAAAAAGGACAGUAAACAUGAUAACCCCAAGGAGAGUGACAAAAGUGCAGAACAUGACAAGAAUAUGUCCUAGUAUCUGUGUUAUGGACACUACAUCACUGUUUUGAGAGACAUUUAAAUCUUUCACCAGUUGAAGUCAUCACUGUAAAUGUAGAUAAACAGUAUUUUGUUAAAUUUCCACAGUUGUGUUCCUACUAUAAAAAAGUUUGACAAUGUUUGUAUUCUUUUUGUCACUUAAAGGUUUCUAAGUUUGUUUUAUCACAUUUGACUAACAAAACCCUGAAGGCCAUCUAAGUUGCUUGUGUAAAAGAUGUAUUAGGUAGGCUACUGAGUCCUAUUACAUGUACCUUCCUCCUGUAAAAGCAUUUUUUAAAGAAAACAAUAAUGUAAGUGAUUAACAUACCAUUUGCAAUAUGUAAAUAUGAAUGUAUUUCUGUAUAUACUGAUGUUUUUAAUCAUACUUUUCUAAGUAGAGAAAUUAAAAGCCAUAUAUCUGAGAUGGAUAAUGUGAAAGUUAAAGCAUCACUGUUUACACACAAAUGUGUGUUUAUAUGUCCAGCAGGUUUGAACUUAAAGGCUCCAACUAUCUACAGUAUACACCCCAUCGAUGGUUGUUGAUGAAAUGUCCUGAUUUUCUUUCAGCUCAACCAAUUAAACCCGUUUGAUGACG